AUGUCACUGCGUCAAACAACUGGACGUAAAUAUGUGACUGUCAAAAAAGCCAUCAUAAUUUUAGAACAAUUCGAAGUAUUUCUUUAUGCGUAUGGAGUUAAUCAAGUAAACCUGUGGACAUUCACGUUGAAACAGAGUUCAACACUCAAUCAUAUAAAGAAUACAUUGUUAUUUCUUUUCACCAUGAAAAAAUCAAAUACAAAGAACGGAGUUUACAAACUAGAGAAAUUUCUUUUGCCUGAUGUCGACUACACAAAUGAUGAUAUGAGUAUUUUUCUUGAACCAAACCAACAAAAAUACCUGACCAAUAUGAUGGUAACAUCUUUAUAUUGCAAGCCUCUUGAAAGAAUACUGAUCCUUUUACUCCAAAAUGGUUCUAUAAUCCAAAUAAAUUUUGAGAUGAAUUUAUUUCAAAGUGUAAGCGUGGUCACUGAUGAUUGUAAACUACACUUUGAUGUCUUUCAAUCCGACCAAACAAAAGUAGUUCCGACAGAAUUUGGAUAUCUGAUUAUACACGACAGCACACACAUAGUCUUACUAUUGGAACCAAUCCAACAGGUGAAUUUUAAUGCACUAAUCUGUCAUGAAUUCUCUCAUCUUUGGGGUUCACCAAGCGUAGUGAUAACAAGAGAGGAACAAUUUAAUCCAGUUUGCUCUUCAAAACUCCGAGAUAUUUCAGUACUGUUUCUCGAAAACAGAGCAUUUUUCAGCUGGAAAUCAUGUGCCUGGGAUAAACAAUAUCAGAAUCCAUCUUCUUGGCACAAAUGGUCAUAUUCUUUGAAAAUAUCUUCCACAAAAUCAUCAAGUGUCGUCGGUUUGGUUGAGCAAAAGGAUUUCAACGAGACAAUGAAGCAUGAAAUAUCAGAUCUAUCCAAGAAUACUCAAUAUCAACUUCAAAUUAGUGUCCAGCAGUCUGAUCAGAAAUUUGUUCUACAUGGAAAACAUUGA